AUGGCUACCCUUGUCAUGCCGCAGGCUUCCGAGUCUCUGAAUCACUCUCUCCUGGAUGCAGAUGAUGGAGUAGCUUCUGCGGAUGAUGGACCAGUCCUUGAGUAUUUCGUUCUCAAGCAAGAAGUCAACCUCGAGGUCAAUUUCCGCGACAAGCGCAUUGAGGGAACAACGGACAUUUUCCUAGUGACAUUUAACGAUAAGGUCGACGAUAUAGUAUUGGAUGCUGCAGACUGCGAGAUCGACACCGAAAACGUCUACGUUGCCGAACUUCGAGAAAUUAAUGGUGAUAUCGUCGAGGGCCAAAAACGGAAGACAAUUGCGACCUACAAUGACCCGUAUGCGAAGCUAUCACAUCCCGCAAGCUGGAGUCUUAGGGCCGAUCAUCACGAUAUUCGUCGUAAACGCGCCCAGUCUUUGUUCAGCAGCCGAAAGAAAGAUGUCCCCGCCGAGCAUAGAGAGUUCGCGGGGUGCACCCCAGUCUAUCGAUCGCUCAAGGUGAACUUGCGCGGUAAGGCCGAGCCAGAUCGCCCGAGGCUCAUCAUUAGGAAAUCGAUGUCGGGUAUUGAUCCGGCAGAAAAGGCCAACAAGCAGUACAAAAUCACAAUACCUUUUAUCAACGACAACCCGCGGGAUGGAACACAGUUCGUCGGUGUCGACCCCCUGGAUAAUCGAUUCACGCAUAUGUAUACCCGAAGCUCAAUACAUCCUGGAACUGCAUCUUGUAUCUUCCCAUGUGUGGAUGACCAUGGAUCACGGUGUGACUGGAGGAUAUCAAUCAAGUACCCCCGCACAUUAGGUGAUGCUCUACAGCAGGCGCUUGCCACGCAGCAGAAUGGCAACAAUCCAGACAAGAUGCAAGUUGAUGGCCAAGAGCGAGCCCUUAACCUUGCUGAAGAAGAUAAGCUCCGGGAAAUGUCAGUCGUAUGCUCAGGGUUUCUCAUGGAGGAGACAGUAGACCCUGAUGAUGACCACAAGAAGAUCAUGACAUUUGAGCCCGAGAAGAAAGUAUCCUCGCAGAAGCUUGGUUUUGCUGUCGGGCCCUUUGAGCAUAUCGAUCUGUCCUCCGAGUUUCGAACAGAAGAAGACGAGGUGAAACUUGGCAUGAACGCGCUUAAAGUGCACGCCUACUGCCUACCGAACCGUGCCGACUGGGUUCGCAACACAGCAGCAGCCAUCACCAUGGCCGCCGAUUUCUUUACAUUUACGUUCGCUCGAUACCCGUUUGGUAAUUUCAAGCUGUGUUUCCUCGACGACAUGGUCCAAGACACGGUGGCAUUUUACUCUAUGGCUUUCAUCAGCAAUCGACUGCUAUUUCCAGAUGACAUUAUCGAUACCGAAAUCGAUGUCACUAGAAAGAUCGUCCAGACAUUAGCUUACCAAUGGAUUGGUAUUAACAUGAUUCCCAAUACGAGGAAUGACAUGUGGCUCAUAGUCGGCAUUGCACAUUACAUGACUGAUCUUUUCAUGAAGAAGCUGUGCGGAAACAACGAGUACCGAUUCCGGAUGAAGACUCUAUCCGAUAAGCUUGUUCAGGUGGACGUCGACCGACCUUCCCUUUAUGAUCUUGGUGCCUAUCUUCAUUUGGGAGAGUUUGAGAUGGACUUCAUGAUUCUCAAAGCCCCAGUGAUCUUCUUCAUCUUGGAUAAGCGGCUCAUCAAGGCCUCAGGAGGACAUGGUUUGACCCGCAUCCUCUCAAAGAUGCUGACAAAGGUUCAAAUUGAGGCCUCUGACAAGGCUACCAUUCUUGAAACAGAGAAAUUCAGGGCAACAUGCGAGAAAGGAGCAAAGUACCGGCUGGAGAGUUUCUGGAACCAGUGGGUCUAUGGUUCAGGCUGUCCCCGGUUCGAUGUUAAGGCGAAGUUUAACAAGAAGAGGUUGUGCGUUGAGCUCACCCUCAACCAAAUCCAGUUGCAGACAGCAAGGAAACCUCCUCUGGAGAAAGACGAUUUUCUUCGCGUUGUCAAGGAGCGCCGAUCCGGUGUUAAAGCGGGUGAAGUACAGCCAUUAUUUACAGGCCCAAUGACUGUUCGAAUCCACGAAGCCGAUGGAACUCCCUACGAGCACAUACUGGAGAUUCGUGAAGAUGCUACAAGGUCCACCAAGUUCGAAAUCCCAUACAACACGAAAUACAAAAGACUCAAAAGGACUCGACGCAUGAAGGAGAAGCAGAACGUUGGCGCUAGCAUGGACGCAGAGAAUCUAGAUGACACUCUACUGUACUGUUUGGGUGACGUUCUCCAAACGCCCGAAGAGCAGGCCCAAUGGGAGUUGAUUGAUUGGGAUCCAGAGACCGAGCGCAAGAUGGAUCAAGAAUCUUACGAGUGGAUACGUGUAGAUGCCGACUUUGAGUGGUCUUGCGACAUGAAGAGGACACUAGAACCGUACAUGUACGUGUCGCAGCUUCAACAGGAUAGAGAUGUUGUUGCCCAGCAGGAUGCUAUGCUGUAUCUCACGCACGGUCCUCUGCAUCCCAUCGCUUCGGGUUUCCUUACCAGGACUCUUGUUGAUCGCCGUUACUUUCAUGGCAUUCGAACUAUGGCGGCCGAGGCACUGCCACGACAAGCCAACAUCAAAGACCUGUCAAACCUCGGCCUUCGACAGUUGAUAAAGGCUUUCAGCGAGAUGUUCUGCCACAAGGGAACAACCCAACCCAAGCCAAAUGACUUCUCGGACAAGAAGCAGUACAAUGUUCAGUGUGCCAUUAUCAAGGCUAUUGCACAGGUCAGGGAAGCAGACACUUACAAGUGUCCACUUUUCGCGCGUCAAUUUAUCCUUGACCAGCUUCUCUUCAACAACAAUGAAGACAAUCCUUUCUCCGACCAUUUCUAUAUCGCCACUCUUGUGGAAGCUCUUGCGACCUCCCUUAUUCCUUCCAAACAGGACGAUUGGUUUGCUAUGCAGAACAAGAUCCCCAAUCCCGAGGAGAAGCAGUUCCUAGACAAGGCUAUUGAACAAAUCGAGAGAGUUCUUCGCCGAGAUGAGUGGACAAACUCAUACCAAAAUGUUUGGACCAUUGCUGGCCUCAGUGCUAAGCAGCGGCUCAUGAAAGCAGAGGUGAUCCCGAAAAAGUAUAGUGACUUUGGCCAGUACCUUCUUGACGGAACAAGAGAUCUUAUCCGUAUCAAGGCCUUCGAAGCACUCAUUGACUUGGGGGCCAUGCUGGAUCCGACAGUAUUCUCGUUUCUGACAUACUCUCUCAUUACUGAUCGAUCACCGUACGUUCGAAACAAACUCAUUGAGGCCUCUGCCGCCGGUCUGGCAGCUAUCGCUUUCGGGGAGCACACGAAGGUCACUAAGAAUGAACCUCCCCCAGAAGACGAAGAGGGUGAUCUCUUGCUUGUGCAAGACAGUGCCCAGGAGAUUGAAGCACGAAAGGAGAUGUUCGCAAGAAAGGAGAACCUAGAUGCAGCGCUCAAGGCUCUCCGGAGGGAAAUGGAAGAAACCUACGGCGGCGACGAGCGUCAUUAUAGUAUUGCGAUGCGCAAAGCCCUGGAUCACCCAAGUCUUGGGCGAGGCGAGAUGGAAAGCAUGCUUGACCUGGCUGCGAUGAUGUUCGAGGAGGCUGGCGAUUGGGUCAUUACUGUUCCUUUGCCAAAGGCCUGGUCAGUAGAGCGGCCGCUACAGCAACUCACUAACAGCUUGGUUCUGAAGUUCAAGGCUCACUAUAAGACGAAACCUAAGGAACCUGUCGUUCAAGCACCAUCCCUCCCACCUCCCAUACCUGCUGCCACUGUUCCUGCGCCUGCAGAGCCAAAGAGGCCCACGCCUCUGCAAAAGCUAUCUUCUAUAAAGAUCAAUACUCACAAGGCGGUCCCUCCUCAGCGACCGAGCGUACCACCCCAACGUCCCAGCGUUGCCACUCCGGUUCAGAGUCCAAAGCCAGGCCCAAUCAAGCAGGAAAGAGAUACCAUUGUUGCCUCUCCUGUUCUUUCCCGACAGCCAAGUGUUUCAUCUUCGUCAGGCUCGAAGCCUUCUUACCCAUCUGAGCCUUCAUCUGUAUCUAAUAUCAAGCGACCUCGACCAGACAAGGAUGAACAUCACACCCCCGCACCAAAGCGUCCGAAGGUGGAAAAACCUUUCGGUGCCGAUUCCGGUGUCAAGAAGAAGAAGAGACGUAUGGUCAGGCUCAAGGUUUCGCCAAGUCGCCUUGCUAGCUUGAUGAAGGAUCAGAAGAAACCCAGUAUAAAUGGUCGGACGUCACUGCCGUCAGGCAACUCUCGAGACUCUCUACCUCCUUCAAACUCCAGGUCAGACUCUAUUACAGCCAAGCCUGCGAGAAAACCACUUCCAUCGGGUGAUGCGGCACGAAGGCCCUUGCCUGGGGGUCCCGCGGGAUCACCGCAACCGCCACCAGAAAGGAAGAUUUCUUUGAACACCCAUUCCAACUCGACGCCGAAGCCCAAAUCUGCAAGCCCUGCGGCAAACACGCCACCUCCUGGAGCACCACCACUCACUCAAAGGCCGAAGAUUAAAAUUAUCAGAAAGUCGAAUCCACCACCGCCGCCAGCUCCUUAG